CUGCUCUCGUGCUUAGAUUGCUCUACGCUCUAAAGAUGAAAAACAGGAUGCAAGAGAUGGGAAUGUAAUCUCACUAUCACGAUCGAGCCAAUGGAUAUCCACACCAUUGCAGCUUGUACACCACCAUGCAUGUGCUGAGGUUUGGACGCCUGAACGUGAAAGCACUCGAACUAUAACGGCUGGAGAUUACCGCGCACCGCAAUGCUAUCAACAAUACGGUCUGGCACCAUAUAGCCCUGCUGCGGUGCAUCCCCCUAAAGAGGACGUCUCCGCCAUCUAUCUUUCUCUGCUCCACACUCGUUUUGACUGCUCCCCUCGGAGCACCUUCACGAUGCACGCACUCGCUCGACUUGUGACGGCUCUGGCCUGUUCCACGACCGUGCUGGCGGCACAAUGCUACUUCCCAAAUGGCGGUAAAGUCGAUUCAGAUACGGCUUGCAACCCAAAUGCUCUGGUCUCUGCUUGCUGCUACGACAACCAAGCGUGUCUGUCGAACGGACUCUGUGUAUCUGACCCACACGAUCCCGUCAAAGCGCGUUUGCAUCGAGGAACAUGUACAGAUGCAGAUUGGAAGUCUGGAAAUUGUCCACGCCAUUGUCUAGACAUCGACAACAACGGCGUACCAGUCUACAGUUGCAACUCCACCAGUACUGACUCCUACUGCUGCUACGACGGCUGCGACUGCCAGGCCAACUCCGGGUUCGAGAUCUUCACCUUCGCGCAGUCGCCCGCAGAUGUAUACACCGUAACUAUCAUCGGCGAGUCAUACACGCAAACCCACACUUCCGCAGCCUCUUCAACUUCCUCUUCGAUCGCAACGACAUCAAGCGCAUCAACAUCAGCAUCGGCGAGUGCAUCUACAGCUGUGUUCUCCGCGGCGUCUUCCGCAUCAAUUGCCAGCGCAUCAGCAACGUCCACGCCCUCAUCCGCCGCCGAACCAACAAAGAAGUCCAACACCACGGCCCUCGGCGUCGGUCUCGGCGUUGGCAUCCCCGUCGCUGCACUCAUUGGCGUGGGAGUCUUCUUCCUGCUCCGGCGGCGCAGGAACCGCAAUGGAUCCGCUGCGCCCUCUGAGAUGGCUGCAGACGAAUACGCGCUGCAUCCGAGAUCACCGAGCACAAAGUACGCAUACAUGGCCGAAGCGGAAGUCGCCGCUGGAAGGGAUGCACCACCAGUCACGCAGGAAUUGAGUGGGGAGAGGAACGAGAAGCCUGUCGAACUGCCGGCGACUGCACCGAGUGCACCAAGUACGGCGGGAGGAGCGCAGGCAGUGGAGCUGGAAUCGCCGUUGAGUUCUCCUCGAGAGACGACCAACCGCCCUACGUGAGCAGUGUAUAGUCGAUACCACAGCGACCAUGGCUACAAUAUGGCACAACACACGAGAUUUCCUCACACUGAGGACGUCAGUAAUUCAUAAU